AUGUCUAUGCAACCCGUAACAUUCUCUUUCAAAGACCCGCAUGGUAACCGGCUCUAUAAAGAGCAGUACGAACACGCAGGCACUCUCUACGACGAGGGUCGCGAUGACGAAUGUCUGGAAGCAGCAAAAUACAACUUGACGGAUCCUACCCUCCCUCCUUACUAUCGAAGCAAGGACUAUAUUCUCAUCGUAUAUGCCGUGAAAAGCUGGACUGCCGCAGAACCGUACCUGGACAAGGCUAAGGAAGAGUAUGCUAAGUGUCGUACUUGGGCAGCAAGGCUGGAGGAUGAAGAUGACCUUCGUGUGCUAGAAAAGAUACGACAGGAACUGGAGCGGUUUGAAGACGCCAGGAGGGAAGAUCUUGAAGGCCCUGUAUUCGGACCCGCCACCGACGCAGAAUACGAUGAGCACGAAGGGAGGGGUAGAGAGAUGCACGGAAUUGUCGACGAUGACGAAAUUAUGGAGGAUGAUAAACAUGACGAGCCUGGACAUCACUGUGAAGGCCCGGUUGAGCUUGCUCAAGUCGAGAAGGAGGACGAAGGGAACGUGGAACAUCUCAAUCUUCCCAUUCACUCUAAAAACAAGGCUACCAACACAUCAAACGCCAACGGCACCGCAGUUGCUGAAGACGCCACUGCAACUCUCACGGCUCAUGGAAACGAAAAUACGUAG